UGUUGGUCGUGUUUUCGGCAAAAAUUUUCUGCUGAACUAAAUACAUACAUAGUAAAGAUAAAUAAUUUCAAAUUUAAUACAAAACAAAAAUAACAGCAACAAUAACAAUAAUGAAACAGUGUCAGCUCAGCGCUUCUUACCUGCCUCAACAAAAAUAUCCACAACUCGAUAUAAAGCAUAGAAGUGUUUGAAACAAAAGUAAAAAAGCGGAAAAGCAUUCAAGAAAUACAGUCAAUACAGUCGGAACUUGCAUAGCAAAUAUUAAAAUAAUAACAACAACAACCAAUAGCAAAAUUCCCAAAUAAACUAGCACUUGCAAAAUUCUCAAAAUAAAUUUAAAAACAUAACCCACAGCGCCAGCAAAGCACAGCGGAAGCAGUUAAGUCCGUGGCACGGCCACCAGCAACCAAAGCAACAACAAGCGUAUUAUACAAAAAAUAAAAAUUAAAAACAAGCAACUAAUGAAACCAACAACUAAACAAGCUUGCCAGCCAAACACGGACCAAGUAGCCAACUAAAGUACACCAACACACACUGUGGCAAUAGCAGUUAAACAGUUGGAGCGAGUGAGUUGUGGCAUGUGCAAUAUUAUUUGCAACGGUAACGGCUAACCAACUCCAACUAGCUACAACGAGUCGCGCGCCAGCAUUGCAACAGCCAUAGUUGCCGUUUAAAAUUUAAAGAAUAAUAAAAAUAAAUCAACGAAAAACAAACAAAACUUCUAAAAAUUUAUUUUUCGUGUGUUUUCAAAGCUGGCAAAUUGUGCAACAACGCGCAGCGCUGUGUCAAAUACGAGUGACGCGAAUGUGUGUACCUUUAUUAUUAUUUGAACAUAUUUACGUUCUUCAGGCAACAACAAAAAAUGGCACGCAGUACUUUAUAUAGUGGAAACGGUGUCAAUAAGUCAGCAUUAGCAGUGCCACAAAUAAACUAUAAAAUUUUAAUAAAGCUAUAAAUUGCAACAAACAACAAAAACAAGUCUUGUGUGUUAGAUGUGUGUUCGUGAACUAAGAAACUAAAAAAAAAUUACAAAGAAAUUCAAAAUAAAUUUCCAAAAAAUAAAAUAUAUGUAAAUUAUACUUACCAUAACUACAAACAGUAGUGAAAAGGCGUACAAAAUUCAAACAAACCUGCCUCCCUUGCAACAAUCCUCAUGAAAACACUUUUACUUCAAAACUAGUAAAUAGCAACUGUUAACGCAGUCAUAAUUUGUCAAGUGCAACUUCAAAGUAAACCAUCAUAACCCUCAUUACCAAAAACAAGCAAGAAAAGAAUUAAAAACAAAUCAAAUUACAAAAGUGCAACUCUGCGUGUGCCUCUGCUGCAAUUCAAGUGCAAUCUCUACGCCAAACAAACACAAAAAGGCAAACGAAAAAGGCGAAAAAGUGUAUCAGGCGCAACAAUAACAACAACAAUACAAACAGUAGCGCAAAAAGUGUGUAAAAAAAUCGUAAAAGCAACAAUAAUAACAAGGCGAGAUACGCAGUAUUUAGCAAUAACAACAACAUACAUGUAUGUUUGUAUUUGUAUGAAAAACUGCAGAAAGUGUACAAAGAAGUUUUUAAAGCAAGUUCUGCUAUAAGCCAACAACUCCCACCUGCAAAUGCGCUAGCUGGUGCGUACACUUUAGAGUUUACUGAAAAAACUCAAAGAAAUUACAACAAAAAAAGCAAAACCACAAAAAAGUAAAACAAACAGUGAGAAUUAGUGAUGAAAAAUCGAAAUAUUACCGUACCUGCAUAUAAAUAUAUAGAGCGCAUAUAUAAUAGUAUGUAUAUAAGUAUAUUACUGUUGUUGUUUUAAGUGUUUAUAAAUCAAUAAGUGUAUGUAUAACACUAGCAUAAUUUAAAAAAUUAGCAGCAAAGAAGUUAUUCAAACGUAUUUUGGAAAAAAACGGAAAUUUUGAAAAAAAAAUUGCUAGAUUUUGUGGCAUGCAACAUCAAAUUUCGUGCAAAUAAAAGCCAAAAAGUCGCAGCGUUCGCGUUUAAUGCUUUAAAACCGUAAGAAAUUUAAAUACAAAUUAUUUAAAAAUCGUUACACUUUAAUAAAUUAAGUGUUCGACGCAAUUCAUUACAACAAACAUCAGCAAUCAAUCAACCAAUACACCUCAGACGCACCACCAAAAGUUAAAUAACAAGAAAUCUAUAUUUAAUUAAUUAAAAUUAUUAAAAAUUAAUAAAAAAAAACGAAUUUAAGAAUACAAAAAAUAAUAAUAUCUAAUAAAAAUAUUUGAAAAAUCAUAAAAACAUAAAAACAUACAAGAAACUAAAAAAUUUACACGCAAACUGCAACGCGCUACAUACCUACAUAUAUAGUCGUGCGUGAAAGCAAAUUUUGGUAAAAACGCCAAAACUCAGUUUUACAACGAAAAAUAUAGUAAUAGUUCUAUUGUUGGUAUUUAACAGAUAAAUUUUAAUAUUCUUUUUCCACACAUUUAUUUUUUUGUCGCUGUGAAGUGUGAAAUCGCUACUUACAACAAGCACGUAGUGUUACAACAACAAUACAAAAACAAAAAAGAUCAACCAAUUUUACACACAAAACAUCAGAAAAUAGUGACAACAAGAACAGACACAAACAAAUUGUGCGAGUCAAAUCGUCGCAGUGCAAGCCAGCAAGCUAAGCGCAACUUAAAGCAAAUAAAUAAGGCAUAAAGCAAGAAAUCAUAUUGUAUGCAAAACAAAAGCACAGCGAAGGCAUUUGCCAUUUACAACUAAAGAAAACACAAGAAAAACGCAAUAAAAACAAAGCGUCACACACGAAAAUUCCCAGCAACGCGGCAACUGCGCAGAAGUGUUCGUGUUUGUGCCGCGCCGCGUGCGUGAGUGUGUGUCAAAGAAGUGUUAAUUUGUGCAGCGUACAUCACCGCGGUAACAUCGAAUGUCAAAAUAUUGUCACCAACAACAACAACACCCAGAACUGCUGUGACACAUAACAGCGCAUAGCAGUUAGUCACACAGUCAGUCAGUUAGUCGCUGCAACGCGCGCGCACUUAAACACUCACCGUGUACCUUUUACGUGCCGACAACAACAGCAAUAGCAGUAAUAACGGCAGGAACACCUCGAGGUGUGUCGUUUUGUAACAUCUACACUUAUUAUCCACGCCCUGCCUAAACACAACCAACCCAACAACAUACAUAGCAUCUAGCAUAAGCGCACCUAAAUUAGCUACCAAUUACCUAAACGCUGUAAAAGUAGACCUCAACGUGAACUCAAACUACCUACGAACCUUUCUACCAAAACUACCAAGCUACCUGUUAGUCCUAGUGCGCACUUUAUUGUUGUACGCGCGCGCUUACUAAACUGCCUACGGAUUUAUAACGCGUGGAAUUGUCGUCCGUCCAAACACUUACAGCGCAACACACGCAUACCAUAUAUACAAACAUAAUAACCAACAGGAAGCGUUGCAAACGAAUUAGUGCGAAUUAUUAUUAAUUGGUACUGAGCGCGCAGACGUUGGACGCUUACCGCUUACUUAUACGAGAAGCGCGGCCGGAGCAGCGGCAGCUUCACGCAUAGCUUUUGUCUGGCCACUACUACCUUUUUACGUGUUGCCUACGUACCAAUUCGCUGCACAUUCGUUUAGUGUUUAUAUAAAUGUUGUGUGCGCUGGACGCGUUCGACAGUGCAAUUGUAGUAGUAGCAGUAGUAGAGCGUGAAAAAUGUUAUUAGAAAUGGAACAACAGCAAGCAACGGCGUCGUUCAUAUCGUCGCUCAAUAUGUCACCGUUCACCAUGCAACUGGAUCCCCAACAGCCGUCCAGUCCCGCCUUGGGUGGCGCAGGCGGUCCCAAUAAUGGACAGACGAACGCCAGUUCGGGCGCUGCAGCCAAUCGCAGCAAUACGGAUUCGAAUGCCUUGAGUGGCGGCGACGCGGAUUAUAGCAGCUAUGCGCUGCACUUGAGCGCUGGCGGUGGCGGCAAUGCAGGCGGUGGCAACAGUGAUGGCAGUGGUGCCACAAAUGCAGGCAGCACACAUCAUCAUCACCAUCAUCAACAGCAGCAGCAGCAGCAGCAGCAACAGCAUCAUCAGCAACAACAGCAGCAACACUAUCAAACACAACAGCAACCGCAACAGCUGCAGCAGCAACAACAACAGAAUAUUGCCAACAACCCCAACUUUUCAUAUUCGUACAUUUAUAAUUUUGACUCACAAUACGUAUUCCCGACAGGUUAUCAAGACAAUACGUCAUCGCAUUCGCAGCAGAGCGUUAGCGGUGGCGGUGGUGGCGCUGGUGGUGGCGGCGGCGGUGGUAGCAGCACCAGCAGCAAUGCCACUAAUGUUGUGCUGCUCAAUGGCAGCAAUGCGAACGCUGCUGGCGGUUAUAUGACUCUCCUGCCACCGGCCACGUCGAGUGGCCAUAUGGGCAUGUCGUCGGGUGGCACUGGCGCUAGCGCUGGUGGCUCCGGCGAGGGCAUCGAUUUCAAGCAUUUGUUUGAGGAAUUGUGCCCCGUUUGUGGUGAUAAAGUGAGCGGCUAUCAUUAUGGCCUGCUGACGUGUGAGUCGUGUAAAGGUUUCUUCAAGCGCACCGUGCAGAAUAAGAAGGUCUACACGUGCGUCGCCGAGCGUUCGUGUCACAUCGAUAAGACGCAACGCAAGCGCUGUCCCUACUGUAGAUUCCAGAAGUGUUUGGAGGUUGGCAUGAAACUUGAGGCCGUGCGAGCGGAUCGGAUGCGUGGUGGUCGCAAUAAGUUCGGACCUAUGUACAAACGUGAUCGGGCGCGAAAGCUACAAGUCAUGCGGCAGCGGCAACUCGCCCUCCAAGCGCUGCGCACAUCAAUUGGUUCGGUUGAGAUGAAGUCGUCGCCACUCUCGCCAGGAUACCAACAAUCAUAUCCGAAUAUGAAUAUAAAGCAAGAAAUUCAAAUACCUCAGGUGUCCUCACUCACACAGUCACCGGAUUCAUCGCCCAGUCCCAUCGCCAUCGCGCUCGGACAGGUAAACACGAGCGGUGGUGUGAUAUCGACGCCCAUGAAUGGCGGCAACGGCAGCGGCGGCGGUGGAGGCGCUGGUGGCGGCAAUAGCGGCAACACCAGCACCAACACCAACAAUAGCAACAACACCAGCAGCGAUGGACUCAACCGCAGUGGCAGCGGCAAUUGCCAUGACACUGGAACUGGAUCUCUGCAGAAUGCGUCCGAGUCGAAAAUGUGUUUCGACUCUGGCACGCAUCCUUCAAGCACAGCCGACUCCAUCAUCGAGCCGCUCAGGGUGUCACCGAUGAUACGUGAUUUCGUGCAAUCGAUAGACGAUCGAGAAUGGCAGACCCAGCUCUUUGCGCUGCUACAAAAACAAACCUACAAUCAAGUGGAAGUUGAUCUCUUCGAGCUGAUGUGCAAAGUGUUGGACCAGAAUCUGUUCUCGCAGGUGGAUUGGGCUAGAAACACAGUCUUUUUCAAGGAUCUUAAGGUUGACGACCAAAUGAAAUUGCUGCAGCAUUCCUGGUCCGAUAUGCUUGUGCUCGAUCAUUUGCAUCAGCGAAUACACAACGGUCUACCCGAUGAGACGCAACUGAAUAACGGUCAAGUAUUCAAUCUGCUGUGGUUAGGCCUGCUUGGUGUACCGCAAUUGGCUGACUAUUUCAAUGAGCUGCAAAAUCGUCUGCAAGACCUCAAAUUCGACAUGGGCGAUUAUGUGUGUAUGAAAUUCCUAAUACUACUCAAUCCAGAUGUGCGUGGUAUUGUCAACAAGAAGACGGUCUUGGAGGGUCAAGAGAAUGUACAAGCAGCGCUACUGGACUACACGCUGACCUGUUAUCCAUCAGUGACGGAUAAAUUCCGACGGCUACUCAGCAUACUGCCCGACAUCCAUGCGAUGGCUUCGCGAGGCGAAGAUCAUCUCUAUUCGAAACACUGCGCCGGUAGUGCGCCCACACAGACGCUACUCAUGGAAAUGUUGCACGCUAAACGGAAAGUAUAAAUCCGCUAGGGCUACACAUAACUGUACACUUGUAAAGGAUUGUUCAACAUAGAUAUGUAUAUGUAUGUAUGUAUGUAUGCCAGAGGACGACGAAAGCGCUUCAAAUGCGGCAGGCGGCAAUUUCGGUGGGUUGUCGAAUGGCGCGGAAUAAAAUCCAGGGUUGGUUUUUAGUUUUAAAUCAUAAGAAAUAAAAUUAAAAAAUGUAAAACAAAAAGAUUAAACAGUAAAACAACAAUUGGGAUGUUAAGCUACAAAUACAUAUACGAUAGAGGUACAUACAAUAUAUAUAUUUACAUACAUGCCUAGAGAAUAAUUUAGUAGCACUUGGAACUUACGUUAUUCCCAUUCACCAAUGCAAUUCAACUGCAGAAUGUAAAAACUAAAAAACAAAAAAAUACAAAAAAAAAGAAACAGAAAAAACGUAGAACGAACGAGCGGGCAGCGCGUAGAUGUAUGUAUGUUUACAGUUAAGGCAGAGAAAGAUAAAUAAUAUAUUUUUCAAAUGGAUAUAUAUGUAUAUUGAUAUAGCUUAAGCGUUUAUUCAUAUUAAAAUAUUAAUUGAUAUACUAUAUAGAUAUAUGUAUAUACACACACAUGUAUAUGUGUAAACGUAUGUAAUUGUAUUAUAAGCAAAAGUAACGGAGAAGCAACACAGCAAACAAUGUGUUCGAAAAACCUUUUAAAUUGUUAAGCAUUCAAAUCGUAUACUUCUAUGCCUAAAUUUAGUACAACAAAAACAAGUAAUGUAUCUGUAAACAUAACCCUUAUUCAUAAUUACUAGAAAACUAAACAAAAAUUGCAGAAAAAUGCUAAAAGCAAACUAAAAAUCGAAUCGCAAAUCAAUGCUAAACGAAGGACGAAAGCUGUGCGUGCACUGUGUGUGUAUGUGUGUACAAGAAUAAUAAUAAGUUUUUGUUUUGCAAGGUUUUUGUAAGCAACAAGCAAGUGAGUGGACCCAAAAUGAUUGUUGACAAACAGUUCUUAAUUUUCAAAAUUUUUAACUGGCCUCGGAAUAAAAUUUGUAUAUAAAGAUGAAAAUUGUACGGGAUCAUGGAUUGGGUAUAUUGCUAGAGGCAUAGGCUCUUCCAGAAUCCGCUAAGUUUUACGGUGGUAAAACAAAUUAUUGGAAAAAUGCAGUUAAACGAGAAAGCUGGCGUUCUUGGCUACAAACUAUUCGUAUGUAUGUUAUGUUUGCGUAUUAAUUUCGUUUCGAUAAUGGAACAUACGUUUUCUGAAGUUGGAGGGGGGAGGGUUUUAUGAAAUUCAAAAAACAACAACUUAAAUUAUUUUUUCAAAAUUUGAAGAUUUUUUUUUUGUUGAGAUUGGAACAUUUUUUGAGGUUAUAGCGGAAAAAGAUUGACAAAAGUAUUUAUUUGCUUUAAUUUAUUUAAUAAAUGUGAGUUAAUAAUUGUUUCCAUCAAACAAAAAUUCAAUAGAACAGAAGAAAAUUUGUUUGUUCGUGUGAUUUCAUUUAAUUAAAAAAUUGAAGGAACAUUUUUCGAGGCUGCUAUGAAACAAAGCAAACCAUUCAAUAAUGGUAUAUUAAACCGAAUAAGUGACUUCAUUAUUUUUUCUCACAUUUUGUUUUAAAUUUGUUAUUUUUCUUUCUUUAUUUUAUUUUUUAGACAAUAUUAGUCUCCAUUUUUUUCUUUGAUAAUUUUAGUUAUACUUUUGAUUAUAAAUUUUUUUUACCUUUUAGUUGACUUUUUAUGUUAUUAUUUAUUUGUUUGAUUUAAUUUACCAAUUUUUAUACAACAUUAUUGUGCAGCUUUUUUUGAUAAUUUUAGCUACAUAUGUUUUUAAUUUUUAAUAUUUUUCUGACUUUUUAACUCACAUUUUAUGUUAAUAUUUAUUUAUUUUUUCAUUUACUUAUUUUAAUAAUUAUUUAAUAAUAUUUUUUUUGUUUAAAACGUGAAAUGGAAUUGUGUGAAACUUUGUUUUCUGCAAAAAAGAACGAUUUAGGCGUUAUAAAAAUACUUUUACGAAAUUUUGAGAAUAUUUUGAAAAUUGUGGGAAUUCUUAUUCUAAAUAUCAUGUAUUACUUUUUGGGGCGGAUUUUUUGUGACACCACAAGAGCAUCUUGUUUUUAAUGAUAUGUUUUCGAUAUUUCUUUAUUUCUUUGACUUAUAGUUUUAUUACUGUUUUUUUGUUUUUUUUUUUUUUUGAAGAAACAUGUUGAAAACGUAUUUCGAAUAUUGUUAUUUACUAUUGUAAUAUCAAAAUUUGCAUAUGUCUAUGUAUGUAGGUACUGCUGGAAUUUUAACAAAACCACUUAACUCGACUUGGUCUUUUCAUAUUUGCAAGCUGUAAAUACAAUUUUCUACAAAUUAACUAUUUAAAAUUGUCGUUUAGGGAAAAUGUGUAAAAAAUCGGUUCUAAAACAUUUAAUUUAAUUGUUGAAAAACAAACAUUUGUGUUGUUGGCUUUGUCAUCCGAUAUUUGUACGAAAACAAAAUUUAUUAUUUUAUUUGCCUUAGCCAAAAAUUUACUUGAGAAUAUAAGAAGGUAAUGGUCGCUUUACUAACUGUAUAUAUGAGCUUAGAAGCUUAAAGGCUAGUAUUUCACAAAAAAAAAGAAAGAGAAGCAUGGCUCAGUGUUGUUUAUUAGUGCAAAAUUUUGACAAAGAUUUGGAAAAUAUUACUUGCAUCUUUUAUUUUUUCAGGAAAUACAUAAAUAAACAGGCAGAGAGUAAAUAAAAAAAUAUUAAUUGUCGCGAUUUUAGAAUUUUUCUUACAUUCAUUUGGUUUAUAGCAAUUAUUUGAAUAACGGGAUUUAGACGUUUUUAGUCUUUUGAGCCUCCAAAUCAUCACAUAUUCUUCCGCUACUUUUUCACAACUUAAAUUUUUUUUAUUUCAAAAAAAUUUUAUUUUUGUUUUGUGUUUUUUUUAAGAUAUAUAUUUUUUUUGCAAUUAGAACUGUAUUUAUGUACACACACAAACGCAUAGCUUUCGUAAAAGUAGAAAAAAGUAAUUAAAGAAAAAAUUAUAUACAAAAAUCCAAUAACAAAAAUAAAAAAAAAACUUUUGCUGCUUAUAAAUGUGUAAAUAAAGUUAACUACCUGAUUUUUUCAAAAAUUUUAAGCUAAAAAAUAUUAAAAUAAAUGCAUACAAUAAGAAAUCUAUACACAAAAUUAUAUAUACGUCAAGAGUACGAACGAAAAAAAAGAUGGAAAAAAUACAAAUACAUAUUUACAACCACACUUACAUGUAUACAUAAUUAUUUACUAAAUUUGUUGACGAUUGUAUGAUUAAUGUUAAAUAGUGUUCUAAUGUUAUUAAUUGUUAUAAUUAGUGUAUUAUAAUGUACAUUUAUAUGCAUACAAUAUAUGUUUGUACUAUAUACUUAUGUAUGUAUGUAGUAGAUAUGUAUGUAAUUAGGGCUUUAUCGGUUUAAGUAGUUUUUUACUCGCAAAUUUUUGAAAACUUCAUAAAAAUCGUUUUGUUGUUGUUGUUUAUUUUUUCCUUUCACUACUUUUUAUAUAUACAUACACAUAAUUACACACACACACACAAACAAAUACAAUUGAUGCUCUUUUAAGCGAUUUUGUGUCUUUUUCUUAUUUCAAAAAAUAAAAAAAAUCAUUCUCUUAUUAUUACUAUUAUUAUUAUUAUAAAUAUAUGUGUAUGUUUGUAUAUUAGCGUUAAGGUUUAUAUAAGUAUAGGUGUACAAAAGAAAUAAUGAUAAAUAAAGCAAAAACUAUUUGAAAAUAAUGCAAAACAAAAUUUUAGCUAGAAACCUUUGUCCCGACAACAAACAAAAACAACUGAAGUAACAGUAAUUUAUUUCAAAGUGUCCUACGCGUUGUUGCUGUAGUUGCAGUGCGCCUAUCAAAUAAGUGCAAUGCAUAUGCGGCAGCACAAAUACAUACAUACACAUAUACAUACUUACACACAUACACACGCAAAUGCCUAACUGUCUUGUAUGCUUACUAAAUUGUUUAUAAUUAAAAGCCAAUAUGCAUGUACAUAGUAUGUUCGUUUGUAUGUAUGUAUGUAUGUGUGAAAAUGUGUUUUCUAUCCUUAACCUUUGUGUUCAACGAAUAACUGUUCAGCUGCAAUUCAGCGCAUGCAUACAUAUGUACAUAUGCAAAACACAAGUGAAGUGAUAAAUAAAAGUUUGGAAUUAAAGACAAACAUUAGAAACUAAAAAUAAUAUUAAUUUAAAACAAAUUGAUUUAAAAAAAGUGAAAAACAAAUGUUUAACUAAAAAAAUUGAUAAAAAAUGUAUACAUAUUGAAAAAAAAAAAAUUAUAAAAAAAUAAAAACAAAAAAUUUAAAAUACAAAGUGCAUAUUAAAAGUAUAUACUUACAUACACGUAAGCAACCAGUUGUUAUUGAAAUAUAACACAAACACACCCCACUGCUAUUACUUACUGGCUUAAGUGUAGUUUUCUCAGCUAUAAUAUUAUGUUAAUUAAAUAUACAUAUGUAUAUACAGUUAUGCAAAUAUGCAUAGUAAAAUUUGAAAAUUAAAUGUAAGUGAAGCGCGUACCUUAUAAUUGUAUCAAGUGAACGACUUAUGUAAGUAUGUAUAUACAUAUGUGUACACAGAACUCAAAAAGUAAUGAGAAAACUGGUGAAAAUGUGAAUAAAAGCCAAAGCAGGAUGUACGCUGAAGAGAAAGUAAAAAAAAAACAUUAGAAAUUUGUAUUUAAUAUUUGAAAUCUUUUUUUUUAAAUGUUGAAUUAACUUUUCUUGGCAUAUUUCAUAUUAUUUUUUUAUUUUUUUGUGACAUUUCUAAGUAAAUGCAGAAACACCACAAAAUAAAACCGUAUUGGAAACAAGUUUUAAGUACAAAAAAUUUUGAAUACUUUAUUGAAAAAAAAAAUGAUUGUUUUUUGUAAUUUAUUUUGACAUUUUUGAUAUUUUUUAAUAAUUUUUUAAUUUUCUUUUAUAAUUUUUCGUGACAUUUUUGGUAUUUUUUAAGUAAAUCCAAUUACACAACAAUUUGGCCGAAGUGUUGAAUACAAAAAUUUUUGGAAUAAAGUGAAUAUUUGUUUUUUUUUGUAGUUUUCUUGACAUUUGUGAUAUUUGAAUCAUUUUUUUAAUUAAUUGUUUUUAAUUUUUUUUUUUUAAUUUUUGAUAUGUUUUGGGUAAAUGCAAAAAUACAACAGAUUGGCGGAAUAUAUGUACAUACAUACAUAUGUAUGUACAUAUGUACAAUGUAAAGAAAACAGUACUGUAUACAGUAUUUUUUAAUCACCAAAAGUGUUGAAUUGUGUUUUGAAUAAAAGUAUGUCUCAAAAAAUGCUAAAAAUUUUUGAAAUACAUAUAAUGCAAUAUCAUUUUCGAAAAUUUCAAAUUUCAAUUAAAUUUUUUAGAGAAAAAUUUUUUAAAUAUCACCAAUAGUGUUUGCUUUCUUCUUGUUUGUAAAGAGUAUUUAAAGAAAUAUUAUUUUUUUAAGUCAAAAACUAAUUUUCCAAUAUUUCAAAUUUUAAUUAUUUUUUUUUAAAUAAGCAAGCGUAUAUGUUUGCAGUGUGUUUCCCUUUUCAUGCAAGUUUGUAUGUGUGCAAAAGCAAGGCAGCAGUUUGGAUAUAGCAAAUAAGGCAACGGGUAGGGAAUCAGCAAGCAAAUAUAAAAUUAUGACAACAAAAUAUCAUGACAUAAAUAAAUAAAAAUAUCAUGUCAUGUAAUAAGAAUUUCGUAAUACAAGAAAAAACAAUGAAACUGGCAAGGGAAGGAUUUUAGCAGUAAAAAUGUCAUGUAAUAAAAAAUAAAUGUCAUGCGACACGUGAAAAAAUGUCAAGGGAGGCAUUUACAGAAGCUCAAGAAAUAUAAAAAAAACACACACUCAUAUAUGUAUAUGGAUGUAUGUAUGUGUGCACAUGUGAAUGGAAUACUCAUGUGUGCAUAUGCAUCUGUGUGAGUGUUUGUGUAAGGCAGAGAAUAUCACUUGUGCAGUUGUGCUUGUUGGCAAAUAUACAUAUGUACAUACAUAUGUAAUUGUUUGUCAAAGCGUGUCUGAUUGUUAUGUAUAUAUGUAUGUAUGUAUGUAAGUACUUAGCUGUAGUUGUGCAUAAAAAUUUAACUGUCAUACGUCUUAAGAAUAACUGUAAGGGGCUAAGUAAAAAUUGCGAAACAAAAAAACUAAAACAAAAACAAUAAGUAUGUAUGUAGUACACAUGUGUAUAUUAAAUAAAAAAAAAAAAAACAAAGAGCAGAUAAAUUAUAUUGAAAAUAGCAAAAAUAAAAAAAAAAAAAAAUAUACAUGCAUAUAUAUGUAUAUUAAAAUUAAUGAAUAAUAUAAUAUAGUUUAUUAAAUUUAAAGUAAAACAAAAACAAAAACAACUACAAAAUAGGCAUUGUUGAACACCGUGUAACGAAAUGAAAAAUGUGAACCUGUUGAAAAAGUGAUUUUAAAUAUAAGCAAAAGAAAAAAUCUUUAAACGUUUAAGUUUUAAUUGUUAUAAAAUACUUACAAGCAAAACAAAGCAAAUGAAAUGAAAAAUACAAAAACAAAAACAAGAAAAUGAAAAACAAAUCGUUCACCCACACACACACACACACAGUUAGUUUUUAAAUAUAACUACUAAUUAAUUCUGCUGUUAUUAUUAUUAUUACUACAAUUACAAUUAUGAUUUUCGUCUCAGAGAUGUGUUUCAAACAAAAACAACAAAAAAAUAUUAAAACAUUUUGUAAUAAACUUCUAUUACACUCCUGACUCAUUUAAA